AUGUAUUUCAAACUAUUAAAUGUGCAUGCAAUUGCUAUGACAUCUGUAGUAUGGAAUCCAUUGCUGUACUUCUGGAUGAGCAAGCGACAUCGUCGGGCAUUGAAGGACGAUAUGACAUGGUUGACAAAUGUUCGACGACAUACCAAUGUCGGAGUGCUGUCGAGAUUCGCACCUUCGCCUUCUGUAUCGUUAGUGUAUCGUCGUACACUUGAACGACAUUUGGGCGUUACCAACUUUAGGUAUGAGAGCUUCCAUUAUUUACAUCAAAAGUACUUCAGACUCAAUGAAAUUGGCCACUAAUG